AUGGUGGAGUUGGGGUCGCCAAUCCCUUGUUUGGCAAGCCAGAGGAUGCCUGGCAGCAGGGUGAAGAUCCUUUUGAUGGCAAUGAUCCAACGGCAGCUGCCCUGGAGUUUGACCGGGAGCUGGACAAGGCUUUGCCCGGAAAUCGACGAGGUUCUCAGGGAUGAUGGCGGCUGCGCAUUCUGA